CCUCCUCUCCCAAGAAUAACAGAGGGCAAGACAUUCAAGGUUGCGCAACUUCAAAUGAAGUGAAAUGACUGACCAAUGUCAUUUUUCCCAUCUUUAAAAACGCUUCAUGUUCUUGGCAGUUGAGGGAUUGCAACAUCCCUGUCCAAACUGAGAGUUUCAUCUCCUUACUCGAAUAAAACUUGCCCUGCUUCUUGCCUUGCAGACAAACUAGGAUCUGGACACUGCUGAAGAAAUUUCCAAGAAGGAUUGUACAUAAUUUUAGAGAAAAUGAGUGAAUACAAGACAAUUGUUCUUUUAAAAGUAAUGAAGGACAUGGAUGAAAACCAUUUUAGGACAAUCAAGUCCUUAUUAAGAAAAAAACUAAAUCUAACGAAAAAGAUGCAAGAGGAUUAUGACAGAUUUCAAAUAGCUGACCUGAUGGAAGACAAAUUCCCAAAUGAUGCUGGACUGGACACACUGAUUGAAGUUUGUCAAAGCAUUGAAGAACUUAAAGGACAAGUGAAAAGCCUGAAAACAGAGAAGGCAAAAGCUAAAAGGAAAGAGGGGGAGAAAAGCAACAUCCCAGCAAGAAGACGCGGGAGAGAUGAACCCAGUUCUUCCCAACCUAUGUCCACCACAAAUGAAGAUUUGGAACCAGAAUCAGGCAGGAGUACACUGAACUCACAGACACUAGGGAGAGGAAACAUACCAAAGGAGCCUUCUAAGGAACAAGGAUAUCAGCAAGGUCCCAAAGAAGUGAUGGUGUUGAACGUAACAGAACCAUUUACUUACGAUUUUGUUGAAGACAAAAUGAUGUUCCAUGCCACGGUGGCUACUGAGACUGAAUUCUUCAGAGUGAAGGUUUUUGACCCAGCCCUAAAGCACAAGUUCAUUGCAGGAAAGAUCAUUGCUAUAUCAGAUUAUUUUGGUGUUGGUGGAUUUCUGGAGAUACACAGCACUUCUUCUGUGUCUGAUGUGAGUGUUAAGCAAAGGAUGGUUAUCUCAAGUACACUGAGGCAGUCAGCCAGUGCAACUCCUAAAAUCAAGGAUCUUUUCUCACUACCAAAAGGGACAUAUGUCAAUGGAGAGUUUGUGGUAAUUAUGAAAAAUGAGAGGAUUAAUGAGAUUUACUAUUGGAUUGGAGAUGAUACCGGAUCAAUGGAAGUGGUGGUCUAUGGACGACUGACCCGUAUCAGGUGUGAGCCAGGCAAUAAACUUCGGCUGGUCUGCUUUAGAUUGACCUCAAGUGAAAACAUAUGGCUGCUGAGGUCUGUAAGGCACAGUUACAUGCAGGUCAUCAAUGUGAGAAGGAAAUUCUAUCAACGCUGAUUCAAUUCUGAAAGCCUCCCUAGAAAUGCUCCUUCUCUUGAACUCCAUGAAAGGGGCUCCAAACAAAAACUGGGGCCCUUGAGCUCCUGUCCUCAAGUGGCUCACUACUUACUGCUCUUCAUACAUAUUCUUGUCUAAUCGGUACUGACACUUUUCCAUGAAUAAAGUUUCACUGCUUAUUUGCUA